UCAAGUAUAUUGGGUACAACAAACAAAUAAGAGAUUUUCGACGUGGAUCCUAUCAAUCAAACCAUCAGAAAUUGUGGUACCGUCACCAUCGUCUGGCGGCCAUGCAGAUAUAAUCCAGAAGCUGAAUGCUAUUGAGACCCGUCUCACUGCCAUUGAGAAGUCCCUAACAGACAAAAUGCCAGUGAAGGCCGAGGUGCAGGCGCAAAGUAAAUUAUUGCGCGAAUGCCGCGUCAUAGCGGCAAAGACGCACCAUUCAAUUAGCCGCAUCACCGGUGAUUUGGAGGACGAGCAUUACGUGGAGCUCGCUUCGAAACUGCCCAUGUCAUCGGAAGAGCAUGUGCGCUUCGUGGAAGACAAACUUUCCCAAAAGGAAAGCACGGAUGCUAUGAUGCGGCUAAUAUUGAAAUCAAAGGGCGCAAAAGGCAGUGUGGACGGCGUACUUCGUGGUUUGUUUUCAGACGAUGUAAUGUACCAUUAUUUCCUGACAAGGAUAAAAGCAGUAUAUGUGGGGAGCUCCGGAGAUUUGUGGCCUUAAGCCACAAUCGUUUUAAACAGAAGAAACAUAAACUAAGGGCUAAACUAAUAUAAGUUUUAUUAUUAUUACUUAUAUAUAUUAGUUUUAAGUUGUAAAUAUUAGUUUUAAGUUGUACAUAUUAGUUUUAAGUUGUAUAUAUUAGUUCUAAGUUGAAGUGUCUAAUUUUACUUUUAAAAAUAUGAAUUUUUACAAUUAUA